ACACACACAGUACACGGGGAGAUAAGGCCAAAAUCGCCCCACCAGGAUCAAGCAUGGCAGCCGGUGCAGGACAAACCCCCGGAGACAGUACUAAACAUCCAACAAAACGUCAGGUUUCAGGGCUGGCUACGGCGUAUUUGGUGAUCUACAAUGUGGUACUAUGUGCAGGAUGGACGGCUGUUGGUGUGAUGGGUAUGCGCCAUUAUCUACAGAGCAAGUCUCACAUUGGUGUUUAUGAUGCAGUCGAGAUUCCACUCAAAGUGUUUCAGACUGCCGCUAUUUUGGAGGUUGUUCACUGUGCUAUUGGAAUUGUACCGACCUCUGUGAUGCUCACUGGAUUCCAAGUCGUCUCAAGACUCCUGCUAGUCUGGCCAAUCGUACAUGCUGUACCACAGGUCCAGAAUGAGCUUAGCGUUAUAUUAUUCCUACUGGCCUGGACAACUACUGAAGUGAUGCGAUACGCCUUCUACACCCUGGGUCUACUCAAUCGACUACCGUAUGCUCUGACUUGGUCGCGCUACACUUUCUUUAUUGUGCUUUAUCCAAUCGGAGUCACUGGUGAACUUCUGACCAUCUAUGCAGCCCUGCCACAUGUCAAAGAAAGUGGACUCUUUUCCGUCACACUACCCAACAAUCUCAACGUUUCAUUUGAUUACUGGAGCUUUCUUAUCGUCAUCAUGUGUACUUAUAUUCCAAUUUUCCCACGUUUGUACUCUCACAUGAUCCGUCAACGCAAGAAGGUGAUUGGUGGAGUAACAACCAAGAAACAAGAUUAAAAGGUCAAAGGUCAAAGUCAAAAGGUCAAGUACUAAUGAAUGAGGACACACUUUAAGUAAUGGCUUUGGUUUUCCUAUGGCUACGUCUCAAUGAUGCCCAUGCGUAUACUUUAGAAUGGCUACUGAAGCCGGAAGCCCUAGCCAAAUACAAAACGGCUUUGGCUGUUCAGGCCUGAUGCUUUGUCUUGUAAGGCUAAGACAUUUUUUCCUCAAAAUUGAAGAGCAUCUUUGUGAAGGACAAGUAACUUUCUACUGGAACAUUUCAAGGCAGGCCUCGAAAAAACACAGGGCACCACAGCAAAUGCUGUGGUGCCCUGUGUUUUUACUGUGAUGCCCUUUGCAAAGUUCCAGUAAAAAUUUACAUUUUCCUCAUACAAGUGCUCCUUAGGGGAAAAUUUAUGUGCCCCUUUAAGAGCGAAGUUCAAGGUCUUUCAAGGGACACCAAGGCAAUGACUCACCUCUUAGCCAAAGCCAAGAGCCAAAAAGCUCUGAGCCAAAGCCAAGCCAAACAGCCCUCAAUUCACUAGACAUGACUUUACCUUCAAAGUUAAAACUAAUAAUUGUUCAAAAAUAUUUCCAAUGUGAAUGAAUUUGAUCGGGUGUUGAACCUGUUUGGAUUUGAGUGUUGAAAUUCAUUUGAAUUCUGAUUUUGGUGUGGUUUACAGAAAUGUUUUGCCAAAAUGAGUCGGAUAUAAUACAAAAUGUUGAGUGAUGUUGUAAGUACGGACGAUUUGCAGUGCACAGUGCCCUCUACAGUUUCACCGGAGAGGCCACUUUUACAGUGUAUCAUUGGGAAAAGGUGAAGAAGUUUUGGUGAUAACAGUGCCCACAGCAUAGACCUUAUCACAAAUACUCUGUGUGUGCGUGUUAGGCGUGGAAUGAGGUGCAUGCUGGUCUAGCUAGCAAUCAAGUUUGUUCGCUAGCUAGACCAGCAUGCACCUCAUUCAACAGUUAGCGCUUGCGUUAUGGGUAUUUGCAAAAAGGUCUAUGAACGUGGUUAUCAAUGGGCCUGUGUGACCAGUCUUUAUCCACAUGGGUAAGGACAGGGUACCAGUCUUGGGUAAUCUUUCUUUGGUCGACCCUUAUUUGGUAAAUGGCUUCUCCGGGGAUAGACUAUAGAGGGCGCUCUGUAUUGCAAAUCGCCCGUAACGAUUAAAUUACAGGGUAACAAUUUUCCUUAUAAAUCAAUUCUGUACAAUUUUAUCAUGAAGCUUGGAAAUUCCAGAUAAUAUAAAUUGUGUUAAAUUUCAAAGAGUGCAUUUUUUUUAAAUCUGUUGUCAGCAUGUUUGCCAGACUUGGAUCUGUUGACUGAGGCAGCAAUGUUGAAAUUCAAAGCUGAUGAAGGGUUGUUAAAAUCUCAAUCAUUCUUGUAGUUGUUGGGUAGGAUACUUCAGCCUGGGUUAGAGUAGAGUGCAAAUAAUUUGUUAGGGUAAGAGUAUAGUAAUGUUGCCAUUUGUCGCUAACAUAUAAAUAAUUUUCACUAGUUUUUAUAACCUUUUUUUAUUUGGACAAACUUUGGACCAGCCAUUUUAAUAUUGUGUUAAAAUGUUUUAGUUGCACGUCUUAAAAUAAUUUCAUAGUAUAAGAUCACUUUAUUAUGAAUAUUAAGGUUUUGUAUGAAAAUUUCUGAUACAACAGUAGUCUUAUGAAUUUUGGUGAUACACAUACUAUACACCGAUGUGUGUUAACUCUGUAUACUCGGUACUUUCCCGAGCUCUGUGAACAAAAUCACACAG